GACGGUCAAAGCCUGGGAAGAACCGGAGCGAGAGAACAAUGAUAAUGAGUGGACGACAUAAAAAGAAGCCGAAGUUCUCUGAACAUCGCGUUGAACAUCUCCCAUGAAGGCUUGUUGAUAGUUAUUUAGCACCUCGGAGCAAAACCUUGCAACAGCUUGGACACAUCCCUAUCUAUAUUCUGCAAGAGAUAAAGCCUUGUUAAGACAUUAUCAUGCCUCACCAAUUGCUCUUCCAAUUAGACGAUCGGGCCCUUUUCCAUGAAAGCUCAUUGCUUAACGGCAAAUGGGUCCAAUCAGGAGCACGGGAGACUUUUGAAGUCGAAGAUCCUGGGAGCAGACAAAUCUUCGCUACAUGCCCAGCCAACAAGGUUGAAGACGUGCACGAAUACGUCACGACGUCACACACCGCGUUCCUCAAAUAUCGCCAUGUAAACCCACGCCAACGAGCGAAAAUGCUUCUAAAGUGGUACGAUCUGAUAACAAAUAGUCGCGAGGACAUUGCACGGCUAGUUGUGUACGAAACCGGCAAACCAAUUACGGAGGCACGCGGAGAGGUCGAUUAUGCACUUGGCUUUGCCUGGUGGUUUGCUGGUGAAGCAGAACGGAUUCGAGGCUCCAUCGCCAUUCCAUCCGUCUCUGAGCGCCGAACCUUCGUAGUCAAGCAGCCCAUUGGAGUCAGCGUUGCGUUGGUACCGUGGAACUUCCCCGUCGCCAUGAUCAUUCGUAAAGUUGCGGCUGCUCUGGCAGCUGGCUGCUCUAUGAUCGUCAAGCCAUCUCCGGAGACUCCCCUCAGUGUCCUGGCCCUGGCAGACCUAGCUCUACGUGCUGGCUUUCCCUCCGGGGUUCUGAAUGUCAUCACGACCGACAACACUAAUACGCAUUCAGUCAGUGAGGCUCUUUGCAAGCACCCUCUCGUACGCAAAGUAACUUUCACUGGAAGCACUGCUGUGGGAAGAAUUGUGGCCCGCCACUGUUCUGAUGGAUUGAAAAAGGUAACACUUGAGCUUGGCGGCAAUUGUCCAUUCAUUGUCUUCAAUGACGCGGACCUCGACCAAGCAGUUGCUGCACUCAUGAUACUUAAGUGGCGCACCGCUGGACAGGCUUGCACGCAUGCAAACAGAGUCUAUGUCCAGAGUGGGGUGUAUGACAAGUUUGCGCAGAAGACGCUCAAGGCGACGCAGAAGCUUCGCGUUGGCCAUGGUGCUAACUCCUCUACCACAAUGGGCGCAAUCACAACCCCCCGAGGUAUCGAGAAGUUGGAGAGACACGUCGCUGAUGCUGUCUCCAAAGGGGGUAGAGUGUUAUGUGGUGGGAAACGCCCCAGUAACCUUGGGGGCUAUUUCUUCGAGCCUACAAUUAUCUCAGAGAUGACCUCCUCCAUGCUGACGACUUAUGAGGAAAUUUUCGGUCCUCUCCUAGGACUCUACAGGUUUGAAACUGAGGAGGAGGUUGUUCAAGCAGCAAAUAAUACAUCCAUGGGACUCGCAUCCUAUUUUUUCACCAGCGACGUCAACCGUUCCUGGCGACUGCUCGAGAGCCUUGAAGCUGGUAUGAUUGGCAUGAAUACAGGUAAUGCCUCCGCUGCAGAAUCCCCGUUUGGAGGGAUCAAGGAAUCUGGCUACGGCAAAGAAGCCGGCAAAGACGUUGCCAUUGAUGAGUAUUUGAUCCAGAAGACAGGAACUCUUACCGUUGUCUCAAAGCUGUGAGAGACGGGAUGUUCUAGGACGACGCCGUGAUUUACCUGCAGGAGUAAAUUUUGGUUGAAUUCUGCGCGUCUGGGUUUCGCGCGACAGUUACUAUUAAUAGAAACUGGUUCCAGGCUCUAGCUGUAUUGUGUUUAUAUACUAGGAGGUACUACUACACUGCGUUGCCAUAUUUUUUUAUUUUUAUUUUUUAUUUUUUA